AUGCGCAGUCCACAACGUGAUUUCGGAAGAAGGCAGAGCGAGUUAAGUGAGAAGAGUGAAACAAAUAGGGAUAGCGAUAGUAAAGAGAGAAAAGGUAGCGGCGUAGACGAGGCAAGCAGUGAGGGAAGUGCGGAUGUCACGUUUAAUACGCCUUUGCAUCCCGUACCAACGGAAGACCGUAAUAGAUUACAUUUCGGGAGAAAAAAAAUAAGGAAGCAAGAAAAGAGAGAACAUAAAGUGAAAAAUGGUCAUUUGGGGAGAAGAAAAGCUGAGAUUAGUAGAAAUAAGGUGAAAGAGGCGAUUGCAAGGUUGAAAAUAAACAAGUUAACAGGGGAAGUAUACUUCGAAAAUGAAGCACUGGAAUAUGGAGGAUUAGGGGUGAGGGAAGAGAUCUGGAGGAUUUGCAACAAGGUAUGGAAAGGUGAAGGGCGGCCGAAGGAGUGGAAGACCGGGCUGGUAGACCCGUUGAUUAAGAAAGGAGAAAGCAAAAAGGUGGAGGAAUAUAGAGGUAUCACACUCAUGUCCGCGGGAUAUAACAUUUAUGAGGAAGCGCUUAGAAGGAGAAAAAAGACGGGAACCAUAGAUAACGUCUACGUGCUCAACUAUCUAGUCAAUAGAAACCUAGGGCGGAAGAAAGGAAAGCUAGGCGCAUUGUUUGCGGACUUUAAAGCAGCAUUUAACUCAGUUAACAGGAUGAUCUUAUCGGCAGCCAUAAAAGAGAAAGGAGUAGACGAAAGUUCAAUAGAAAGGAUAAAAAAAAUAUUUUUGGAUACUAAUAUAAGAGUGAAGAUGGGAGAUAAGAAAGGUGAGGAAUUCUGGACAGGAAGUUGGCUCAGACAAGGAUAUCCUUUGAGCCCAAUUCUAUUUGGUAUUCUUCUCGCAAAUUUAGAGGAGCAGUAG